AAUCAAAAUCAACCCCACCAGGGUGGCCGAGUAUUUCUCCAUCGACUCCAAAUGUGUUUGCCAAUGAUUCGACGGCUUCUGGGAAUGAGCACGCAGAGUUGUUCGAUUCAAGCUCUGUACGAUCUCUGCAAGAAGACCUUUCCGCACUCUUCAACUCUCCAACCUUCUCCUCAAGCCAUCCACAAGCUCUCUUCCUUACUCGAUACAGUUAACCUUGAUGAUGUUGGCCUGAAAGAUGAAAGUCAAGAAGAUGAAAGAGGCCAUGGCCUUUUUGGAAUCAACAUGUCUAACCGUGUUGAUCGAUGGGCUCAACCAUUAACAUACAUAGAUAUCCACGCGGGAGAAAGUUUUACGAUUUGUAUAUUUUGUUUCCCGACAUCUGCGGUAAUUCCUCUGCAUGAUCACCCCGAGAUGACGGUAUUGAGCAAGGUUCUCUAUGGUUCCUUACAUGUAAAAGCUUAUGAUUGGGUUGAGCCAGCUUGCAUCCGCAAAACUAGCAUAGCAGGUCAUGAUGAAGUGAGAUUAGCCAAGUUGGCUGUUGAUAGAGUUGUGACAGCACCAUCUGCACCAUCUGUUUUAUACCCCAAUACUGGAGGGAAUCUGCAUUGUUUCACCGCUGUUACGCCUUGUGCCGUGCUUGACAUUCUUGCCCCUCCGUACAAUGAAGCCUCCGGGAGACGGUGUACCUACUACCAUGAUUACCCUUACUCCAGCUUCGCGGGUGCAGGAGAUAAAGAUCAUAUCGUGGAUGAAAAAGAAGACGAUUAUGCUUGGCUUACUGCAACUGAUACACCAGAUUAUCUGCAUAUGCGUUCAGGAAGGUAUAUGGGUCCAGCCAUUCGAACUUGGUAGAGUAUAGCGAGAUGAGCAAAUGUGAUCUGUUCCAACACUUUUGUACAAGGAAGUGUCCCAUCAAUUCGUAAAGUAAGAAGAAAACUAUUAAGAGAAUGAGGUUCGGGUUCAAUCACUUUCGUGUUUUAGAUUAGAUUUGGGUCUGCAUCCUUUGCAAGUUUGUUCACUAGUUCUUGUUCUAACUCCUACUGGUAUUAGUCCGAGUCUUGUGUAAAUUGGAUCUGGUCAAAUAUCAAGAGGUCUUCUACGGAGCAAAAACGUAAGAAACUUACCCAGUUUGAUACCAAAUGUUUCACCAAAAUGCACAAACAAACAAUGAUUUUCUAU